AUGGUGACAGUGAUCUGCAACUUCCGGAGCUCAGUAUGUCAGGCCCUGGUUCUGGAGAUAGGAGAGACUGUGCAGAUCCUGGAGAAGACUGAAGGCUGGUACAGAGGGUUUUCCACCAAGAAGCCUUCCAUCAAGGGUAUAUUCCCAGCCAGUUAUGUCCACCUGAAGAAAUCCACAGUCAGCAACAGAGGGGUGUGUGAGACGGUGGUGCCUCUGGAAGACCCUAUCAUCACUGAGACCACCUCCACCCUGCAGGAAUGGGGCGUGCUGUGGAAGCAACUCUACGUGAAGCACAAGGUGGACCUGUUCCACAAACUGCGUCAUGUGAUGAAUGAGCUCAUCGACCUGCGCCGGCAGCUCAUCCAGGGUCACCUGGCCCAAGACCAGACCAGAGAGAUCAAACGCCACAUCACUGUGCGCCUGGACUGGGGCAACGAGCACCUUGGCUUGGACCUUGUUCCUAGAAAGGAGUUUGAAAUGGUGGAUCCGGAUCAUAUCAGUGUAUCUGAACUCUACAAAUUGCAUGCAUCCAGCCGACACAGUGGCCAGCCAAGCACAAACCAGGGCGACAGCAUGCGUCAGCGUCAUGGAGACGGUUGCCAUGUUCCGGUGCAGCACCACCUCUUCAUCAACUUGAAGAGCUUCACCUAUAACACCAUCAGCGAGGACGCAGACGUCUUCUUCUCUCUCUACGACACCCGCGACAACAAACAGAUCAGUGAGAAGUUUAUGGUGAGACUAAACAAAAAUGGAGGGCCAAAGAACCCAGAGAAAGUGGACCGUCUGUGUGCUCUCUUCACGGAUCUGAGCAGUAAGGACUUGAAGAGAGACCUGUACAUUGUGACACAUGUCAUACGAACUGGUCGUAUGUUGUUGAAUGACUCAAAGAAGGGUCUGCCCCACGUGCAGUACAGGAGACCGUACGGCUGUGCUGUCCUGGCCAUGAGUGACGUGUUCCACACCAUCACUGACCUCAAAGAGGAGAAGGACUUUGUACUCAAAGUUUACACAUGUAAUAAUGAGAACGAGUGGUUUCAGAUCCACGAGAACAUCAUACGCAAGUCCAGCACAAAGUACUCGGCCCCUAGCACCAACUAUGGCCUCAUCAUCUCUCUACAGCUGCUGCGGGGGGAACUGGAUCAGAUCAGGAGGGAGAACCAGGCUGUGUUCAGCAGGUCUCUGGCCAUCACACGCAAACUGGGCUUCCCUGAUGUCAUCAUGCCAGGUGACACUCGUAAUGACCUGUACCUGACCCUGGAGCGAGGGGACUUUGAGAGGGGGGGCAAGAGUGUCCAGAAAAAUAUUGAGGUCACUGUGUAUGUGCUUUACGCCGAUGGGGACACACUCAAGGACUGUAUCAGUCUGGGUAGUGGGGAGCCCAACACCAGUGAACACCGCUCUUUUGUCCUGUACCACAACAACAGCCCUCGCUGGAGUGAGAUGAUUAAACUACCCAUCCCCAUAGACCGCUUCAGAGGAUCACAUCUGCGCUUUGAGUUCAGACACUGUUCCACUAAAGACAAAGGGGAGAAGAAGCUGUUUGGUUUUGCCUUCACUCCUCUUAUGAGGGAGGAUGGGACCACGCUGUCAGACGAGAGCCAUGAGCUCUAUGUCUAUAAGUGUGAUGAGAAUGCAACGUUCAGCAACCAGGGCCUGUACCUGAGCAUGCCCUGCUGUAAAGAGGACUUCAACAGCUGCCCCAACCUGCCCUCCACCCUGCCCUUCCAGAGGAACCCCAAGGAGACCUUCUGGGUCUCCACACAGCUCUGCUCCACCAAGCUCACUCAGAACGUGGACCUCCUGGCUCUGCUGAACUGGAAAGCCCACCCUGACAGGGUGUUAGACAUCUUGGGUCAACUACGCCACAUCAAUGGAGAGGAGAUUGUCAAGUUCCUACGAGAUGUCCUGGAUACACUAUUUUGUCUCCUGGAUGACAACACAGAUAAAUACGGACCACUGGUUUUCCAGUCAUUGGUGUUUAUCAUCAACCUGCUCAGGGACAGUCGUUUCUACCACUUCCGGCCUGUUAUGGAGGCAUACAUACAGAACCACUUUGCAGGAGCUCUGGCCUACAAAGAGCUGAUUCGCUGUCUGAAGUGGUACAUGGACCGCUCUGCUGAGGUUGUCAGACAGGAUCACAUCCAGGAGGCCAUGAGGGCUCUGGAGUACCUGUUGAAGUUUAUCGUCCAGUCUCGGAUCCUGUACUCGCGAGCGACCUGUGGUAUGGAGGAGGAGCUGUUCAGGGCCAGCAUCCAGGAGCUCUUCCAGUCCAUCCGCUUUGUGUUGAGUCUGGACAGCCGCAGCUCAGAGACCCUCGUCUUCACACAGGCGGCGUUAUUGAACAGUUUCCCAGACAUCUUUGACGAGCUGCUGCAGAUGUUCACAGUGCAGGAGGUGGCUGAGUAUGUCCGGGGCACCCUGGGGAGCAUGCCCAGUACGGUGGACAUCGGUCAGUCUAUGGACGUGGUCAAACUGCAGUCUAUCGCCCGCACCGUCGAGAGCAGGCUCUUCUUCUUCCCUGAGUCUCGUAGUAUUUUGCUGCCGGUGGUCCUGCAUCACAUCCACCUGCACCUGCGCCAGCAGAGGGAGCUGCUGAUCUGCUCAGGAAUCCUCACUAGCAUCUUCUCCAUCAUCAAUACCAGCGCUAUGGAGUCUUCUGUUCAGGAGGAGGUAGAGAUGAUGGUGGAGAGCCUGUUGGAUGUUCUGCUCCAGACUCUGUUGUCCAUCAUGUCCAAGUCUCAGUCUCUGGAGACAGCUAGGGGGCAGCGCUGUCCCCAGUGCACGGCUGAGAUCACGGGGGAGUAUGUGUCCACUCUGCUGUCUCUACUUAGACAGAUGACAGAGGUCCACUUCCACCACCUGCUCAACAACUUCCACAGCAAAGAGGAACUCAAGGAGUUCAUGUUGAAGAUCUUCUGUGUGUUCCGGAACCUGAUGAAGCUCACCAUCUUCCCCCGAGACUGGAGUGUCAUGAGGCUUCUGACCAGUCAUGUCAUUGUGGUGACAACACAGUACCUGUCCCCAGCGUUACACAAUAACUUCUCUGAGGCGGAUUUUGACUUCAAGGUGUGGAACUCUUUCUUCAGCCUGACGGUCCUGUACAUCAACCAGCCCAGUCUGCAGCUGGAGCCCCUCACACAGGCCAAGAGGAAGAAAGUCCUGGACAAGUAUGGAGACAUGAGGGUGAUGAUGGCCUAUGAGCUCUUCAGCAUGUGGCAGAAGCUUGGUGAGAAUAAGCCCCACUUUAUCCCUGGAAUGAUGGGUCCGUUCCUGGGAGUGACGCUCGUGCCUCAGAGCGAGGUCCGGAAUAUCAUGAUUCCCAUCUUCCAUGACAUGAUGGACUGGGAGCAGAGGCAGAACGGCAACUUCAAACUGGUGGAAGCAGAGUUGAUGGACAAGCUGGAGAGUAUGGUGUCAGAUGGGAAAGGGGAUGGCAAUCACAGAGAGCUCUUUGGUCUGCUGACCCAGUUGUUUGGGCCUUACCCCAGCCUACUUGAGAAAAUUGAGCAGGAGACGUGGAGAGAGACGGGCAUCUCAUUUGUCACCUCCGUCACGAGACUGAUGGAGCGGCUGCUAGAUUACAGGGAGUGUAUGAAAGGAGAUGAAAUGGAGAACAAGAAAAUUGGUGGCUCUUCCAACCUCAUGAAUUUCUACAAGUCUGAGAUGAACAAGGAGGAGAUGUACAUCCGCUACAUCCACAAGCUGUGUGACCUGCAUCUGCAGGCAGAGGACUACACAGAGGCAGCGUUCACCCUGCUUCUGUACUGGGAGCUGCUGCACUGGGAGGACCGCCCCCUCAGAGAGUUCCUCCACUACCCCACACAGAGCGAGUGGCAACGCAAGGAGGGCCUCAGUCGCAAAGUCCUCCACUAUUUCAACAAGGGAAAGUGUUGGGAAUAUGGAAUAUCACUCUGUCGGGAACUGGCUUUCCAGUAUGAAACCUUAUAUGAUUACCAGAGUCUGAGCUGGAUAAGGAAAAUGGAAGCUGCGUACUAUGACAACAUCAUAGAACAGCAGAGGAUUGAACCAGAGUUCUUCAGGAUGGGCUUCUAUGGCAGGAAGUUUCCUUUUUUCCUCAGGAAUAAGGAGUUUGUGUGCCGGGGUUAUGACUAUGAACGACUUGAGGAUUUCCAGCAAAGGAUGCUGGGAGAAUUCCCACAGGCCAUUGCCAUGCAGCACCCCAACCAACCAGAUGACGCCCUCCUACAGAGUGAUGCUCAGUACCUGCAGAUCUAUGCGGUGACCCCAGUGUCAGACAUUACUGACGUGCCUCAGCUGGAGCGCGUCCCAGAGAGGAUCAAGAGCUUCUACCGCAUCAACAAUGUCACUCGCUUUCACUACGACAGACCCUUCCACAAGGGACCCAAGGACAGGGAGAAUGAGUUCAGAAGCCUGUGGAUUGAGAGAACCACCCUGAUUCUGUCUCGUCCCCUCCCUGGAAUCUCCCGCUGGGCUGAGGUGGAGAGGAGAGAACUGGUGGAGGUGAGCCCUCUGGAGAAUGCCAUCUACGUGGUGGAGAAUAAGACCCAGGAGCUGCGGACCCUGAUCAGCCAGUACCAGCACCGGCAGCACCAUGGCAACAUCAACCCCCUCAGCAUGCUGCUCAACGGGGUCAUAGACGCUGCAGUCAACGGGGGCAUCGCCAGAUACCAGGAGGCAUUCUUUGAUAAGGAGUACAUCAACAGUCAACCAGAGGACACAGAGAGGAUAGCUCAGCUAAAUGACCUGAUGCAGGAACAGGUUCACAUCCUUGGAGUGGGGCUGGCUGUCCACGAGAAGUUGGUGCACCCAGAAAUGCGUCCUCUGCACAAAAAGCUGAUAGAUCAGUUCCACAUGAUGAGGGCUGGUUUACACCAGGUAAGUGCGGCCUACACAGGGGUCAACUCUCCCAGAGGCAUCCUGACCACUCACAGCCACAUGAGCCCAGAGAGCGUUCGUCUGAUACACAGACACAGCCCUAUGAACCUGCAAGGUUCUAUCCGCCAGUCCUCCUCCUCCCUCUCUUCUCACACCUCCAGCGAGGCGGGAGGAAACUUGGUCAUCCUGACAGAUGGCCUGAUGGGAGAGCCCCCUGAGGAUACAGCACACAUGCAGGUGGGUUUAACAUGCGCAUACACACACGCAAGUUUUGUACAUUUUGAAAUACGUGUGAACAGAUGUUUUAUUUUCCAGCCAAGCCCCUCCUCCUCCAGUCUGAGCUCCAUUCGCUCUACCUCCUCCCAGAUAAUCAACUCCACCCCUUCCAGCGCUAGAGGCUCUCCGUCCCUACCGGAUAAAACCAAAAACAACCGGGAGGUGAUGAUUCUGCUGCCCCCUCACCAGAGAACUAACAACACCAUGUACUACAGCAUGACUGACAACGGACAGAGCAACAAUCUGCAGCGUGCCUUACUCCAACAAGUGAGCCCCUGUAAGCCAUGCAUUGACCCUCACAUGGGCUUGCCAGAGAAAGGUCACUUCCUGAUGCACUUUGAUGCGUUCCACCACCAGAACAGUGACCCACCCCCAGCACUGCCCAUUCGCUCUCUCAGAAAGUCUCCUCUCCACCCCAUACCAGGCUCCCCUACCAGUCCUCAGUCAGCCCUGGGGGGCAGUAACUCCACCCUCUCGGGCAGUGCCAGCAGUGGCGUCUCCUCUCUGAGUGAGAGUAACUUUGGGGGCCAGUACCCUGAUCCCCCCGUGCGAAAUGAUGCCAUGGAGCCCGUCCCCAGCCACCUGUGGACCCCUGAUGAGUACUUGGACUCUCCUUACCUCCACAUCCACUGCAGCGGGCCAGAAGCAGAGUCCCUCGACCAGGUCCGACCCUUCCACUACCGCAACCCUGUCUCACACCUCCACCCUCACUCCCACCCCCACUCUCAUCCCCAAACAGCCGGCCUCGACGGUCACUCCCACCCCCAGUCUCACCCCCAACCGGCCGGCCUUGACGGUCACCCCCACCCUCACUCCCACGGGCCCACCCACCACCAGGUACCACUCCACGGUCCCCACCGCAUUCCUUACCGGCGCCCCCAACCCCCGGCUGUGCCCCCCAAGCCCUACCUGAGGGAGGGGUGCAUCCCUGAGGAGGACCUGAGCUCUCUGUUGCCCCAGCCCAUCCCCCUGCCUCGGAGGAUCUUCCACUCCCCCCACAGCCACAGAGAGGAGCAAGCUAAGGCUGCAUGGGAGCAGUGCAUCAGCGAGGAACACGAGGAGACACCAUGA